AUGGACCAAGAAUUGCUAUUUCCGAUCACUUACAUCCAAAACAAAACCCUCACAAAAAUGUUCAGAAAACAAUCUUCGAAGCCCAUGAAAGUUGUUCGGGUAUCGGUGACGGACCCUGACGCAACGGACUCUUCCAGCGACGACGAAGCCGAUUUCUAUUGUCACCGGCGGAGAGUGAAACGAUAUAUCAACGAGAUCAGCAUCCACUCCGCCGCUUCCAAAACCACCGUUCCCGGUAAUACCCGUAAAAGGAAAGUCGCCGGCGUCGACGUCUCGGAGCCCAACCGUAGACCACUCAAGCUUUCUUCAUCGAACGGGAACGGGAGGAAGUUCAGAGGUGUACGACAACGACCGUGGGGAAAAUGGGCGGCGGAGAUUCGAGACCCCGCUCGUCGCGUACGGCUGUGGUUGGGUCCUUACAACACUGCUGAAGAAGCUGCCUUGGUUUACGAUAAUGCAGCAAUCAAGCUCCGAGAACACAACGCUUUAACGAACUUCAUCACUCAUCCGGCUGAAGAUGCUACCGGAAAACCAGAAAACAUCGGCAAGCCAUCGGUUUCCGGGUACCAAUCGGGAGACGAUUCACCUCGCAAUCUUUCGUCUCAAACUUUAGUCUUCAACUUUCAAACUCAAUCGAGUGAAGAAGAAACAUCGGUCGAACCCGAAAGACCAGGUCAUGAACUCCAAGAGGAAGAAAGUAAGCCGUUGCCGCCAGUUCAAGAACCAGCAACCAGUGAUUUUGGAGAUUAUUUGCCUCUCGAUUUCCCUUUCCUCGAUUGGUUAUUCAAUGAUCCGGUUCCGGUAUUGCCACUCUUUGAUGAUAGUUCAACGGUUUUGGCAGACCGUAGAGUGUUCGAUGACAUUUUACAGGAUACGUCUCUAGACUUUGAGUGCCACUCCUCGCCUUCAUCUCCGUCGUCUAUUUCUCGAGGGGAUGAUCAAAUGGGCGAUUAUUUUGAAGAAAUCGACGAUUUAUUCUUGUUAGAUCCUCUUGUAUCGAUUGUUUAGCUUUCAUUUUGUUUUUAUUCCCGCGCUGUUGUCGUCAGUAAAUGGUUACCGGCAGUUUUGGAUCGACGGCGACGACUAACGAGCUGCUUUUAAUGUUUUAAUACCUUUAUUUCGUCCGUUAAAAUAAACGGACGGUUGAGUGGGAUUUUGCAGGGUA